UCGGUGCUGGAGGUCAAGCAGGGGACAAAUUACCCGUUCGUCAGUCUCUAUCGAGUGUGUGUCGUCUUCUCUCCUCAGUCUUUGCUGUAGACGCCAGAAGCUCCUGCUAAGCAGAGCGAGGACGCAUUUUGUGGCUGGUUGGUUGACGUGGUAACGUGAUGUUGACGCCUGUCACGACUGUCACAGCUCCACCACCGCAGCAACAGCAGCAGUAGCAGGGUGACGUAGGGCUGUGUAGGAGCCGCGCUCCGUGCCGCGUGUUGUUAUUGAUCGAUGGACUGUGCCUCUUGGUCUGCAGUCUGCUGCCGCCGCAUCGCUUCCUUCCAUCCACUGGGAGCUGUGGCCAGUGUGUUGUGCCAUUUCUCUAGAAAGCGUCUUGUGCCCUCCUCAACUAGAUGGUGAUGGGAACGGCAAGAGUCCUCCUCUCAUCGCCCUCACUGUGACACAUAGCAACGAACAGCGGCACAGUGCUCACCCCUCCAUCUUGUGCUGGCCCAACUACCGGUUCCCGAGCUGUUGUCGGAAACGGGACGCACUCGAAGGAGAAGCCGGAAGCACGGGUUUCAUCAGAUUGGUGUCAAGAUAAGCAGUUGUAGUGAGUGUGUGUGUUCGUGUGUUUUGGGUGGGGGAGGUCUUCGUAUUUUGUGUGGUCAUCAUGGUGGGUCACUGCCGCUAAGCUCACCCACGAAGAAGUCGCUCGAGCAGCACAACGCCCACAUCGGCUUCGUCAUCGGCGCUAAGUGCUACAGCCACAGCGACUACCACUGCCCCUCUUGGUGAGAAACGGCCGGCAGCCAGCAAGCGGCGAUCGGCGCGAUCCUCCAUGUCAUUGUGGAGCACCCUGAAGGACGUCAUGGCAGCGGACCCAUGCUGCCUGUAGGCCGGGUGCCGAGAGACGUUGCAGACUGCUGCAUGUACCCGUCACGUCAGCAACGAACACAUCCCGCCUUCACGUCAGUCAUGAAAAGCGUGACGAGCGUGAAGACACGAGAUGAGCUGUAUGGAAGCGGGGCAGGCCGCAGGUCAGUGUCUGGGCCCUCGCCCGAGUCGCCGCGCCCUCCCAAGCUAACGUCGCAGCCCAGUAUCGUGGGCAGCGGGUCGACACGGGUCAGCCGCCAACGCUCCUUCAAGAACGCCAGCGAGGAUGUGAUCAAACGGGCCCGGGCCCAGCAGGCCGCCAGCUACCAGUUGUCGCAGGACCUCCACGACAAGCAGGUGGAGAUGCUGGAGAGGAAGUACGGAGGGUCGCUGCGUGCCCGCCGUGCAGCCCGCAUCAUCCAGCGCGCGUACCGCCACUACUGCAUGAACCGCAACUUCCAGAAGCUUCGUCAUUCCGUGGGUGAGCGCCGCCUGUCAAAGCGCCUCUCUGAGCUGGGCCGCAGCAACACCAUCUGGACCGACCGCAUCACCACCAACGCCGACGACAACGGCAACUUUCACUACCACCACCACCACCCUGGUGGGGACAGCAGUGGGACGCAGGGUAGUGGCGGUGGUGGCGGCGAGUCGCUGGGCAGGGACAUUCGCAAGAUGGUGGCCGAGUUCGAGUCGGGACACCGGCUGUAUCAUCAGAUGACUUUUGAGCCGGGCGUCAAGAUAGACCCCCGACACCCAAAGAUGGGGUCGCCAGGUCGCCGGCGCCUGGAGCGGGCCCCCCACGUGGAGAUGCAAGACGUUGGAGAGGCCGCGGGUAAAAGUGAGAUGAAGUUGGGAAUGCCAUUGUUGGAGACCAACAACAACCGCAACUCCUACCCAGAGUUGAACUCGGGUGGUGGGGGAGGCGGCGAGGGCAGUGCUGUGGACGGCGCCUCGCAGGCGGGUGGUGGGGAGCUGGGGGAGAGUUCCGUGGACGCGCACAGCGUGAACUUUGAGACGCUGCUGGAGAGCAAGGAGACGGACAUUCUGACCGACAGCUUCCACAGCGAGGGCAGUGGCCACGACCUCACCAGCACGCUCUCCAACCGCCCAUCAUCAUCCUCCCUCGCCUCUUCCUCGGACUUCUCCUUCCCCAUCCCUGGUGGACCGUCUACCCCAUCGUCCUUCGACGGGCGGAUGCACCUGAGCGAGAGCCCCGUGUCGUACCAGUUCCUUCAUCCGCACAGUGACUUCCACCCGUCCUUCAGCGAGCCGCAGCUGCGGACGGACCUGGCCUCGCCACCUGACAUCCAAGACGAGUCGACAUCUCCGCUGCCUCACGACCAGGUGGUGAAAUAUUACAUGAACACGCAGGUCAAGCUACGGACUCGCAAACCAGGGGAGGCCAUUCCGGCCCCCGAGGGCGUCAAGGCUCAGAAGCCGCAGCCGCCGGUUCGUGCGCCGGAGAGUUCACCCAUCUGGAAGCGGAAAGGUGGCGGCGGGGGAAGCUCUGGAGGUCAGAGUCUGGUCCCCAACGGCAGCAUGGCCGCAGUCAAGUCCGAAGUGAAGCGCAUGAGCAACAUCUCGGAGACGAGCGAGGCGGAGAGCAUGGACGGUCAGUGCUCCAGCUCGCCCAGCUCCGAGAAUAUUAGCACCGAGAACAUCAGCCUGUGCAGCGAGAGCAGCAUCAGCUACCAGCGCAAGCUGCGGAUGAGCAUCACGCCGGACCAGCACACCAUGCCGCGCUCCAACGACAAGCAGCGCAAGCGGCUGUACCGCAUCGGCCUCAAUCUCUUCAACAAAAAACCCGAGAAAGGCCUGGACUUCCUCAUCGAUCAUCACUUUGUGGAGCCGACACCUCAGAGCGUGGCGCACUUCUUCAUCACCAGGAAGGGCCUCAGCAAGCAGAUGAUUGGAGAAUUUCUGGGCAACUUGCAAAACCCCUUCAACAUGGAGGUUCUUCAAUACUUCUGUCUGGAGGUUGACCUCUCGGGGCUACAGGUGGACGUGGCACUGCGCAAAUUCCAGGCCACCUUCCGCAUGCCGGGAGAAGCUCAGAAGAUCGAACGCCUAAUGGAGGCCUUCGCAGACAGGUACUGCCAGUGCAACCCGGACCAGGUGAAAAACUUCAAGAGCGCGGACACUGUUUUCCUGCUGUCGUUCGCCAUCAUCAUGCUCAACACCGACUUGCACAACUCCUCCAUCAAACCCGAGCGCAAGAUGAAGCUGGAGGAUUUCAUCAAAAACCUCAGGGGUAUUGAUGAUGGUGACGACCUGGAUCCAGACCUGCUGGCUGGUAUCUAUGAGCGCAUCAAGGGCCAGGAGUUCCGGCCGGGCGUGGACCAGGUCACACAGGUCAUGAAGGUGGAGCAGACCAUCGUGGGCAAGAAGCCGCAACUUGCACUGCCACACCGGCGGUUGGUGUGUUACUGCCGGCUGUACGAGGUGCACGACCCAAACAAGAAGGAAAAAAUAGGGCUGCACCAGCGGGAGGUCUUUCUCUUCAAUGAUCUACUCUUGGUAACCAAAAUUUUAAGCAAGAAGAAAACUGGGAUCACAUAUAACUUCAAAUCCUCUCUACCCUUAUGUAACAUGCAGGUUUAUCUGUUUGAGACUCCACAUUACCAGUUUGGCAUACAGCUUACUAAUAGCUUAGAUGGCAAAGCACUCAUCACCUUCAACGCCCGCAACGACCACGAUCGCCAGAAAUUUGUUGAAGAUCUCAAGGAAUCUAUUCAAGAGACCUCUGGCAUGGAACAGUUACGUAUAGAGGAGGAGAUGACACGGCACCGGAGUACACACAACACACUGGAUAAGCACUAUGCUAACGACGACUCCCGCGUACACAUGUACGAGCUGGUGAAACCUUCCGAACCCUGUAGCAACAGGUUGUCUGCUCCUGAGUAUGGCCUGAAGAAAAACCCUCUGUCCAACUCCCUCACUGAUCUGUACUCAGCUCAAGGCAUGAAAAGAGGUAGCAGUGGAGCUUCGCUGGACAGUGGCAUGGUAUCUGGUAGCUUAGGAAGUUCCGGAAGCCGUGAUGAAAGUACUUCUAGUCCCAAGUCUACAUACGUGUCACGCUCCCGCCUGUCUUCAGGCUCUGUGCCUCCACGCUACAAGCCCCGCAUGCCCAUUGUCCUGCGGCCUGGCCUUCCAGAAGGGACAGAGGUCUAAACAGCAGUAGAAGAUUUCAGGACGCGAGAGUUUGACAGAAUUUCCACUGGCAUGUCUGCCUCUUCUUCUUCACCUCACCCCUCAGGAUUACCUUGGUAUGUGGAGCUGGGCCAGAACAUGUGUAGCAAACGGCAAAGUGCUGUGUGUGUGUGGAUGUAGCAGCAGUGGUCCAUGAUGCUGGUGUCAGGAAAAGGGACCAGUUUGGAAAACUGCUAAAACAAAGGGAGGCAGCACAGUGACAGUGUGAGGAAACAGUGAAGUGUUCAUGGAGUUUUGCACAAAUGGAGAUACGACUGUCUGUACCCUUCCCCUGACCCCUGUACUGUACAAAACUUAUUUAGUCUCUAAGGUAGCAAUGUCAGUGGCCCUUCAAAUGACCUGAAACUGUGAGGAGUGCACUAGAGCAGCUGAAGCUGCAUAUCGCGGACUGGAAAGCCUUUUGUUGUAGUCAGUUUGCUUUUUUUUUUUUAAAUGUGAUCCUCAGAACAGUGGUAUACACCUAACGGCUUUUUUUAAAUAAUAAAAACAUUGCAAAGUCAGCAUUUUGACAUGUUUACUGGCAUGACCCUCUUGGCAUUACAUUCAUUGCAUCAUAGCAUGGUGUAAAACAGGAAAUGUGCUUCCAGCUAAGCUUGUCAAGGACCUAGCAAGUCCUUUUUGUGUGGCAGUGAGUAUCAUAACAUCUGAACACACUGCAUUCACAGUCUGCCUGAGGCAUCAGGGCAUGUAAUCAAUCAGCAGGGACCACCCUUUGGGUGUUCCUGUUCACCAGUGGCUUGUCAUAAAGUUGGGGUCGAAGUUGGCAGUGUAACUAAUAGCUGGAGGGUCAGACUGGUGUUGAAUGUUACCCAAAGUCUUUCAUUUUUUUCUAAACACUUGUUUUGGAAUGUGGGUCAUGCAUAUUUAUAACCAGAGACACAGAAGACUGCAGAUGAAGAAUGGAUUGUUGUACACUGUGAUGAUUGUCAGUUGAUUGUUUUUAUGAAUUCAUCUGUAGUAAUGACUGUUUGCCAGGAAGUGCAGGAACAAAAAUAUGCUUUUUACUGUGGUUUCCUGGAGACAGUAGGUACAAUGUUGGUGGAAUCAAGAUGGUAUAGUCCCAGUUUGCCACACAUCGUGUGGCUCAGCAUUUAAAGGCCUGCGUCCAUUUUACCUUCCAUGUCUUCAUGUACAUACAAUGGCACACUGUACAUACCUCUUAGCACCUAACAAGGGGAGACCAACAUCUAGUAUUGGCAAAGCAAUGGCCACUUUUAAAAGCUGUUAUAGAGCCACAUGUAUUCUUAUCAUUAGCCAUUUUUUAAAUCUCAUCAAAUUUUCCCAGUUUAAACAAUAACUCAUUUUCCAUGAGUCUUGGUAUUGUGUACAUCAAGAAAAGUAGUAAUAUUAAAAAAGUGUAUGUACUUUUCCCUGACAAGAUCUCAUCUGGAAGAGUGUUGUUACAGCAUGUGUUGGUUGCAUCGGGGAGUAUAGGUUUCUGUAAAAGCAAAUGAACUGAGGGCAUGAAGAGAUGUUGUGAUGUCCUAUAACAACAGACUUGCUUUUCACAGAGACUCUUGCCUCAUUGCACAUGACAUACACAAGGCCUAGCCCAUAUCUUUGUUGUAAUGUGUUGGCUGCUCAAACCAAUACCUAUACUUUUCUUCCUCUGAAUUUUUUUCCUAUCAUUGGAGAACUUCUUGUUGAUAUAAUAACAGCACCAUUAAACUUCAUAUUUCUCUUUUAGAUCUCUUCCUGAUUAUGUAUUAUGACAAAAAGCAUCCAAGACAGUUUUAUUUGGCAGAUUAUUUGGUAUUUGCAUGAUUGUCACAUUUUAAAGACAUUUAAUUUUAGCUUGGGUCACAGUAGGUGCUUUUUUAUGGUUAGUGUGGGGAAAGUUAUGAUAGGUUUCAUCAGUUGCAAUGACUUGAAUGAAAUCGGGAUUCAUCACAACUUACCAUAUAAAUCCAGUUCAUAUGCCAGCAAGCCAACAGUUUUUGUUUUGUUUAAUGUUUUUAAAAAAUUUACCAUAGCUGUAAUUGUUGCAGGCAAGUUUUUUUUUUUUUUUAAAGCAUUGCUGGUGCCAUGUCAGAUGCUACAAUUGAAAAAAUGUAGUUUAUGAUGCUUUUUCUUUGACUUCAGUGGCCAGUGGGAAAAGUACAGGUGAAAAAAAAUCACUUUCUGCAGAAAUUUAAUUCUUUUUUAUCUUUAAAGAUUAAAAAGAAAAUCAUCUUUUUUGACUUUUGCUAUCAGAAACCAGAUGUAAUAAUGUAAUAUACUGAUGAGAGUUGAUUCUCUACUCACAAAGUGACAAUAGCUGUGUUUUAACAGCAGCUGCACCGCUGGCAGUCCAUUGUAGCAACCAGGUUGGGUGUGCAGGUACACAAUGCUAGAGAUGGACUCGUGCGUCAGCAGUAUGGUGCCACUGCAACGCUCGCUAACUGUAGAUAGUAGGCCUUACUGCAGCAUAAAAGAGUAUGCAAAUAAUUUGGAGUAGAGACCCUUAGGGAGUGGUUCUCUAGACUGCAAAAAUCCACUUCUGGAGCAAGUCUCCUGUCACAGGUGAAGCAGGCAAAAUCUAAGUUGUAUAUAGACGCCAUUAAAAUGCGUAGCUGCGUAGGGAACAAGCCCAGUUCACACACUUCUCUCUCAUUCCUGAUGUAAUUUAUUUACAAGGGUUUUUUUUCAGUUUUACUAAUUUAUUGUGUACUGAAGAAAGUAGUGUUCAUAUUGCAGAUCUUUUAAGUUGCACUAACAACGGUGGUUGUAAUGCCACAGGACUUCACUGUCCAUAGAAAAUUGUGGUUUGAAAAAAAAAUAGAGAUGCAAAGUCAGAAUUUGUUUCAUGGUUGCCAAAAGUGAAAUCAAUAAAAAAUAUAAGAGAAA